AUGAAUUCUUUUCCAAGUUCUGUGACCAGUCGUAAGGAAACCAUACGAUUUAACGAUAGCGAACUCCAAAAAAACGCCCGAAUAAUGAGAUCUUUCCGAAAAUGUUCGAAUGACUGCCGAAAUAAAUGUACCAAGACGAAAUCCUCAGAAUGUCUUCCUCAAAGUAGUUCUCAGAGUAGCGGCGGCUCCGAAUGGAGUUCCAGAGAUGACGGCGGCAACAGAGAGACAUGCUACGUCAGUUUGUUCCAAGUGUGCAUGAACUAUUUGUUUCCUAAAGCGUUUCCGAUGCCGUCCACCGAGUACCGGUUUAGGGUCAAGUGCGACCGGAUGAUUUCGGAUCCGACAAAGAAGAUCACCGGGAAAAUAUUAUCACCGGUGGGCAGGUGCUCGAAAUAUCCGAAAGGAAUCUUCAUUCUAUCUCCCUCGGAAAGCCGCGUGAUGAAAAUAUAUUGUCCCGGGGCCAAAAAUAGGCGUUCGAAAUGUCGGAAUAAUGAAUAA